AUGCGAGACGAGGAACGCGGGUGGAGCCCGUCGGAGGGAAGCGAGGGGUCGAGCGACGGCAGCAGAGGCGCGGAGGAGGCGCAGCGCGGAAAUAACGCGCGGAGAGCGGCGGCGGAGGCUGUAGCAGAGGCGGAAGAAGAUUCAGGCGUGCGGGAAGUGGAGGAAGAGGAACUAGGGGAUGAGGCGGAGGCGGAGGAGGGGGAGGAGGGGGAGGAGGAAGGGGAGGAGGGGGACGACGAUGCGGACGAGCCUCCUGAGGAGUCUUUUCAGCCUUUUCAGUGGCCCGAUUCCCCUCCCCCCGCGGCUCUUCCGCUCCCCGAGAUGUCCCCCGCGCCCUUGGAACGCGCGCGAGUCACGACCCCAUCUGACGACGACGAGGAUGAUGAUGACGUGGCGGAUGACGACGAUGACGUGGACGAAGAUCGCCGCAUGGGGCCGCGGCUGCCACGUCGUCCAGCGAGAGCCGCAGGAUCCACCGCGCGGGGGACGGCUGUAGCGCCGGAGAUGACUGUAGCGGAUCUGGAGUUCCCAGGGUCGCUGCUGGGGACGAUCAUGGACGGGUUGGGCAAGUGGCCUUGGACGGUUUGGCCUAACCACAUGCGCUCCUGCCUCGCUGCCGCUGCUCGCAUACUCCACGCUGCUUCUCCCGCUGCUGAUGCUGGUUCUGGUGCUGCUGCUUCUGCUGGUGCGGCUGGUGCUGCACCUGUCGCAGCAGACCCGGACGAGUCAGGUCCUAUAGUGAGUCCCGCGGUGCGAGCAGAGGCGCAGCGGCUGAUGCGACGCGCUGUGCUGAAGCGCAAGCUGGCGACGCUCUUCAGGGAGGCCGCGCCUAGCCUGUUUGAGAAGUGCCUGGACGACCGCGCGAUCUGGAAGUGGGGACGUGACGUGCAUGGGAAUAUCUUCGAGGCGUUUGUUUCCCUUAUGGAUGUGAUUGUACUGAAGCUGCUUGAGUUGAUUAUAGUGAGGGAGGCUCUGGCGGAUGCAGCGGCUGCUGCGGCUGCUGCGGCUGGAGAAGGAGUGGUGGGUGGAGGGGAGGGGGACGGGCAGGGGGAGAGAGUGAGGGAGAGGAAGGAGGAGGUUGAGGAGGCAGAGAGGAGGAGUGUGGAGGUAGAAGAGGAGAUAGCAGCGCUUCUAACAGCCAUGGCGCAGGGAUGGGACAGCACAUGUCAGUUCCACUGCAAACACAAGAACGAGCAGCUGCCACGUGUUGCGCCGCGAUUGGACCGCCCGUGCUUCUAUGCCAUCUCCCUGCCCCUAGACCCCGCCCCAAUCGGUCCCUCCCUCCCCGGACUCCCUUCCCCCGGAUCCCAGGCGGCUGGGGGGAGGAGAGGCGGGGGGGAAAGGGGGGAAGAAGGGGAGGGCGGAAGCGUGGGCUCGCACCAGUGGCUGGUGCGGUUUCUGAACUACUUUGGGCAGACGGCGUAUGGGAAUGGGUAUGGACGCGUGGUGCAGGUGCUUCUGAGGCUCAUGUCGGGGUUUGACAGGCAGAUCGAAGCACAUGCUGCUAGGUUAGGAACAAUCAGACAAGAGCACGAACGGCAGCAACGGCACAAGUGGCAGGAGCAGCAGGGACGGCAGGAGGGUUUCGUGGGCAGGAAGGCGGCAUUACCACCCUCAUCGCCGUCCCCACCUCUCCCCCGCAUCCCCUGGCCACGCAUGCCUCUGGUGGCUGUAGAGGCACUGCUGCGCCCCCUGGCAACGGCAGCAGAGUUCCUCACCCCUCACGUCGGCAACAUGCUGCUGCAGCGCAUGCCUUUGGUGGUGGUAGAGGUGCUGCUGCGACCCCUGGCAACAGCAGCAGCGUUCCCCACUCCUCACGUCGGCAACAUGCCUGGUGGUGGUGGUGGUGGUGGUGGUGGUGGUGGUGGUGGUGGUGGUGGUGGUGGUGGUGGUGCUGGUGCUGGUGGUGGGGGUCUCAUCAUGCCUCAUCCCU